AUGCGUACAGACGAGGAUAGUGAAAUCGAGUACGCGGUUAUGAAACAAGUCGCAUCUGUUACGAUCGAAUCAGAUAGCCAAGCCGAAAAUGUUGCAUCUACGUUAUCAUCGAGAAGCAAUCGUCGUCGAAAGAAGAGACGUGUUGACAGGGAGGGAACAAAUCAAACUACCUCAGAACAUAUGGAUAUCGACACACCAUCUAGCGCAACUCCGACGAAGAUUUCGUUGCAUAACAACCUUAAAAACGACAGCAAGAAUGAUAACAUUGUUAACCGCAAUGAUAAUAACAAUAAGAAAUCAAUGGAUUGGGACGGUGUUUAUUCGGCAAGUGAGCUGUCAUCAUCAGAAACGUUUUCGUCGGAUGGACGUGAAGCAGAUGAUGAGCAAUCGGAUUGGGUCGAUUCAACCGAAUCAAACGUUCAUGACUAUUUGCACGAACAUCCUUCCCAAAAUCUAAAUGGUCGACAGCAGCGAAUGAAUAAAGCACAUACACCUCUAGCAUUACUGCAUCGGAAAUUAGAACGCUUUGUUCGUGAUGAUAAUCAACAAGAACUGGUACUCUAUCAGUGGAUGCGUUCUAAUCAGUUGAGUCGAAUCUUGCACUGUUUUGGUUUGGAAAUAGCAAAGCGUACUCGAGGUACAUUGAUCGUAAAAAAGAAAAAAUCGUUGCUGUGA